AGCGUGAACGGGUUUUUUCGCUCCAAAGCGCUAAAUUUACACAAAAACAGAAACAGAAACUAAAGCAAACGCGCAACGAUAACAGCAGCAGCAGCAGCAGUUGCAUUGCAAUAAAAGUGAAAAGGAUUUUAAUUUGGCGUAUUUCUACAGACAAAACAUGUUGAGGCAAAGACAUCUCUUGCUGCUGGCAUUUAUCGUUGGAUCUUUGCAGCUGCCAGUAACUACUGUCGCUGAUGAUUAUGACUACGGUGCAGACGAAACGGCAUCGCCUAGCAACUUGACUAUGCCCACAAGGAGCCCUACUGCCAAGAAGCCCUACUUCGAGCAGGCCAAUAUCACCAAAUAUGUGGACUCCAAGGACGGCACCGUUAAGUUGGAUUGCCCAGUAAAGAAUGCACCUACUACAUUGGUUAUACUCUGGUAUCGCGAAGAUCAGAUGAUCAGCACUGGCAAUGUGACGGUCGGCAGCAACUACAGCCUGGGCAAAGACACGUCCUUGUUGGCGCCCUUACAGCUUGCAGUCAAUCACAAUUUCUCCUGCACAGUCCAGCCCGGCGAUGUCAAGCGUUACAUUAUGGUAAAGCUCGGUCCACCACCCACCAGCAGCAGGAGCACCACCACCAGCACCACCCCAGCAUCCGUUGAAGGCAGCGCCGCUAUGAACUACUUCAUCAGCAGUUUCACACUCUUGAGCUCACUGAUCUGUACUUUUGUUUAUGCCAAUUAAAAUUAUAUCGUCAGGGCAUUUAAUCCACAGCACCACCGGCACUUGUACUAGAUCAAAAACAAUUAUGAAAAAACUUUAUAUAGAGUACAACAAAAGUUAACAGCAUUAAUUACUUGGCAUUAUGUUUUUGAUUCUCAAUUAACUGCUUGGCAAAAUUAAAUAGUUAUAUUUGAUUGUUGUUUUUGUUAUUGUAUUAUAGUUUAUAAGAAAUUUAUGUAUAUAUGCAACUAUGUUAAAGCUUAUCCGCUUACUUUACUCACUUAAGUUUUAAGUCCAGAGUUUUAUAUUCGAUCUAGCCAAAUGCGAAAUUGUGCUCGAAAUUCUUCAUAAACUGCCUUAAAGCAUAUUCAGUUCUCUAGAACAAAAUCAAUGUCUCAAAAGCAUUUUCCAAGUACUUAGCUUCAAAACUAUUCCAAAAAGUAAACUUUAGUAUGCGUUAAUGUUUCAACAGAGCUACGUAGUAAACUUAAUAGAUCUUAUAACACUUACUAUAUGCUUAAACAACUAUUAUGAAAAGAAAAACAAAUGUACUUUAGCCAGUGUCUUAAAUUUAUAAAAUACAGCAAAGCAACAAAGGAAUAUUUUUCGAGAUUGUCAGACAAAAAAUUGAAAAUGAAAGAAAUAUAUAGUAUUUAGCUAUAUUGAAAUUUUUGAAACAAGAAAUAAACAAGAGCUUCGGUAACACAAAGACUAAGAACAUGCCUAAGGGGGGGGAAUGCAAAAGAUUUUGGAAUGCAGCAUAGAUUUUUGAAACUUAUUUAUGGUAAAUGAUACUUAUUCCAAUAGCAAAGAUUUUAUUAGUUUCUAUGAAUCCAAUCAAACAAUCUUCCCGAGAACUCACAAGGUAGCUGUAAGUUAGUAAACAAAUUAGCAAUUGUAUGUAUGUAUAUGUUGCUUAUUUCAAUAAAGUAUAUAAAG